AUGAAGCAGCGCUUUUCGUCCCUCGACGUAAAGGUUAUUGCACACGAGCUUUCCAAGACACUGGUCCCGUUGCGAGUCACAAAUGUCUACGAUCUUUCCUCGCGUAUCUUCCUCUUCAAAUUCCACAAGCCCGACCAUCGCGAGCAAUUGAUCAUCGAAUCGGGCUUCCGCUGCCACCUUACGUCUUACGCCCGCACCACUGCGUCUGCCCCGUCCGCUUUUGUUGCGAAGUUGCGUAAAUACCUUAAGACUCGAAGGGUUACCGCAGUCUCACAAGUCGGCACCGACCGUAUUAUAGAGCUACAGUUCUCAGAUGGGCUGUACCGAUUGUACUUUGAGUUCUAUGCAGGUGGUAACAUCGUGCUCACAGACGGUGAUCUUAAGAUUCUAGCUUUGUUGCGCAAUGUGGAAGAGGGCGCCGAACACGAACAGCUGAGGGUUGGCCUACAAUACAAUUUAUCACUUCGCCAGAACUAUGGGGGCAUUCCGGAGCUCACGACAGAGAGAGUCCAACAAGCUCUGCAGAAGGCUGUAGAUCGGCAGAAGGAGCAGCCUGCAGCGCCAGGCAAGAAAGGAAAGAAGUCACAGAAAGAUGCGCUACGGAAAGCGCUUGCAGUUUCGAUAACAGAAUGUCCGCCGUUGCUAGUCGACCAUGCGCUGCAUGUGGCGAACUUUGACUCUUCGUUGAAACCAGAAGAGGUCCUUGCGGACGAGGGACUUUUGAACGGGCUCCUAGGUGUACUGCAACAAGCGCGCAAAAUCUCAGAAGACAUCACAUCGACGGAGCAAAUCAAGGGCUACAUAUUAGCGAAACCCAACCCUGCAGCCCCUAAAGAAGAGGAGGUGAUAGAAGGAAACGCCUCGGAUAAGUCUAAUCUUCUAUACGACGACUUCCAUCCUUUCCAGCCGCAACAGUUCAAAGAAUCUGAAUACACCUUCUUAGAGUUUGAUGGGUUCAACAAAUGCGUUGACGAAUUCUUCUCUUCGAUCGAAGGCCAGAAGCUCGAAUCGAAGCUACAUGAGCGCGAGGUACAUGCAAGGAAAAAGCUAGACCAAGCACGCAAAGAGCACGAAAAUCGCAUUGGAGGCUUGCAACAGACGCAGGAGCUCAAUUUCCGCAAAGCGGAGGUUAUUCUAGCCAACAUUCACAGGGUGGAGGAGGCAAUUGCUGCUGUCAAUGGGUUGAUUGGCCAAGGAAUGGACUGGGGCGAGAUCGCGCGCCUGAUCGAGCGGGAACAGGAGCAAGGUAACGCUGUUGCGGAACUCAUCAAGCUCCCUUUAAAGCUGCAUGAGAAUACUAUCACGCUGCUCUUGGAAGAGGCGACUGAAGGCGAAGGCGAACAGCAAGAUGAUGAAGGCUACGAAACGAGCGAGGCGGAAGUGUCUUCGGAUGAAGAUGAGCCAUCAGAGAACGAAAAGAAGGCCACUCCACCACAACCAGCAGAGCAACCGAAGUUAACCAUCGAUAUUGACCUUAGUUUGACCGCGUACAAGAAUUCCAGCGAAUAUUUCGACCAGAAGAAGACGGCCAAAGGCAAGGAGGCUCGUACAAUCGAAGCAUCCGAAAGAGCCAUGAAGGCUCAUGAGCGCAAAGUGGCUGAGGACUUAAAGAAGGGUGUUAAGCAAGAAAAAGAGGUGCUUAGACCUGUACGCAGACAGCAGUGGUUUGAAAAGUUCAUCUACUUCAUCUCGUCCGAUGGAUACCUCAUUCUCGGUGGCAAGGAUGGUCCACAGAACGAAAUCAUCUAUCGCAGAUAUCUUCGCAAGGGGGAUAUAUAUGUACACGCUGAUCUUAAGGGUGCAGUACCUAUGGUCAUUAAGAACAACCCGAACACCCCAGACUCUCCGAUACCACCUUCGACUCUAUCUCAGGCCGGACAUCUCUCGGUCUGCACGUCUGAGGCUUGGGAUUCGAAAGCUGUCAUGUCUGCAUGGUGGGUCAAGGCUGAUCAAGUCAGCAAGAUCGGCCAUGGAGGAGAGUUCCUUGCUACAGGCCUAUUCAAUAUCACCGGCCGGAAAGAGUUUCUUCCGCCAGCACAGCUGGUCGUUGGCCUAGCUGUCAUGUUUGAGAUCAGCGAUGACAGCAAAGCCCGCCAUCGAAAGCAUCGCGUCAAUGAUCCUAUCCCUGCACUCGAGGAUAAAGAGAAUACAACAGCAGCAGAUGAUGGUAGAGAUGCAAAUAGUGAUAGUGAUGAGGACUUCCCGGACGCGAAGCCUGCUUCCGACUCGGAAGAUGAUUUUCCGGAUACUAGGCUCGAGGAGGUGGACGAUAGCGAUGCGGAAGAGGAAACUGCGACUCAUGCAAACCCAUUACAAAGAGCGAACGGGGCGGUAGACUCAGACGAUGAAGAUGACACAGGCCCUCAUGUGCUUGCUUCUCAGCCAGGGAAGACGAGCAAAGCAAAACCAGCCGUGCAAGAAGAUGCUGGAUCAAUGGCAGAUUCCGAGCAGACGGAUAAAACAGGCCAUCGCCAUCUCUCAGCCAGAGAGCGUAGGCUCCUUCGGAAGGGACAACCAUUAGACGACAUCUCAGUACCAUCCGACCCAGCUACAGCCGCUGGCGCUGGCGCAGAAAGCGACGAUGCAUCCGCCCCAGACGAUGAACCAUCCUCCGCACCCAAACCCCCCGCCACCGUUACUUCCCAGGCCUCCAAAGCAUCCAAAGGUCCCCUUCCCCGUGGCAAACGCGCCAAAGCGAAAAAGCUUGCCGCCAAAUACGCCGACCAAGACGAAGAAGACCGCCAGCUCGCGCUCCGCCUUCUCGGCGCACAAUCCGGGCCCAGCGCCGCGGAGACCGCUGCACAAGAACAGCGUCAAAAGGAGGAGGAAGCGGCAGCGAACAAGCAGCGCCGCCGCGAGCAGCAUCUCCGCGCGCAAGCCACAGGCAAAGCAGCAGAAGAAGCGCGUCGCGCCGCAAACUCCGGCGACGCUCCUCCCGCAGAAGAAGAAGGAGACGACGAGCAGCUUGUCGCCAACCUCGCCAAUCUCGACGCCUUCACCGGGCGCCCGCUCCCCGAAGAUGAAAUCCUCUCCGCCAUCCCCGUCUGCGCCCCCUGGUCUGCGCUCUCGACCUACAAGUACAAAGCCAAGAUGCAGCCUGGCAGUCUCAAGCGCGGGAAGGCCGUCAAAGACAUACUCUGGAAGUGGGACAACGCGGGGAAGGAUGCAAAGGCGACGGAUAAGUUUGGCAAGGAUGUGGAGAGGAUUUGGCCGCGGGAGAUGGAGUUGAUUAGGGGGUGGAAGGAGACUGAGGUGGUCAGCGUUGUGUCCGUUCCUAAGGUGCGAGUUAUGAUGGCUGGUGGACGAGACGGCGGAGGCUUGAGUAAUGCUGCGAAGGGGAAGAAGAAGAGUGCGAGGGGUGGGAGGGGGAGUAAGAAGAGGUAG